ACAUUCACAUUCACGAUUGUCGUGAUUCGCCCGUUGCGUUCGCGGCAACCACUUGCUCGUUCGCAAUCCCUCCAUCUCCACGUGCUUGCACCUACACUGGUGUCUGUGCCGAACGUUGGACGCCUGUCGCCCUCAUUGCCAUCGCUUCACACACGGUCACGCUAUUCAAGGCACGAGGCAAGGCUCUCAGCCAACACGGCUUCAAGUGCGGUAUACCAAAGGACCAAGCUGAUCAACACAGACAGUGGUGCGGAUCAGGGCUUCAAGGUAGACAUUUGCUACAAGCACCAUUGUUUGCUCGACCAAUCGACCCUUCUAGUGCACAUCCACAACCACAGUGCACAAAAUGUCCAGACCUGCUGGAAAGGCUCCAAGAGCGCUAAACACUACCGACCUCGUCCUCGGCAGCUUUUCCAAUGUACCUCCAAACGAGACAUUGAAUCAUGCCAUUCGAUACUUGGGAACCUGGUCUGGGUUCGACAAGGCAAUGAUGGUCACGCAGUAUGGUAGCAAGCUCGUCGUGGCUUUCUUGUCUUUGCAGCACGUACUCAGAGUCAGACUAGCUGGAGCAAAGACCUUUCACGCAGAGCAUGGCGGGAGUAGCGUGGCUAAGCGCAUCACCAGAUUGGGCGGGCUUAUCAGCGACGCCAGAACUCUCUAUCGAAUUUGGGGCAUCCUGCCGAUGAUUCAGUGGAUGAUUUCAAUCGAGCGCAAUCCUCCUCCCACACGUUUGCUGCACAACAUUGAGCGCAUUCAAGGCUGGUCCAUGCUUCUGUACUGCCCGUUGGAAGCGAUCUGCUACCUAGCAUCUCACUCUAUCAUCCCAGUCUCUGCGCACGCUCAAGGUCGAAUGAUGCUUCUCUCUGUGCGAGCAUGGGCGGUCUACGUCAUGCUUCAGCUGCUGCAUUUGGUAGAGGACAAUCGUCUGCUCAGACUGAGGGCUAGAGCUUUGGAAAGGAGCAGAGGUCACCCCACUCCGGCUAGAACUCCAAGCACAGAAAAGAACGUGCAGUUGGGCGACGAGCAGGAACAGACGAGGCAAUUGUGGAAAGAGCUGGACGCCAGGAAAGAAGCGAUAUUGAACCAGCUCUGGGUCAAUUUGGGCUACUUGCCCCUCACUCUGCAUUGGUCCGUUCCUGGAGGUCUCAUCUCCGACGCGUGGGUCGGUCUGUUCGGCACUGUUGCAGCGUCUGCUGGACUCAAAGCAGGCUGGCGAGCUACGGCCAAGUGAUGCCUCGUUCGACACGCUGGCCCAUGGAUCGGCGCAGCUUGACCACGCUGAAGAAAGAGACCCUUGCUUCUCUGCUCGGAAUGCGAUCAACGUUAGCUCGACCAUCGCUCAUACUGUAUGCGCGCCACAAGUAUGCGUCAAAUUUCAUCUUGCUUGCUCGUCUA